AUGCCUUCCGCAAAGCUGCUAUGGGACUCCCAGGAGAUUGUCAUUGUUUAUUUGACUGAUGAAGAACGUGUAUCGGAACGAAUUCCUGCAAAGUCGAUGGGCAAAGCCAUCUCUGCACUCCACCGUGACGGCGUGGUGGUUUUGGAGAAUGCGGUCGACGUGGAGCAUAUGGAUAAACUCAAUACUAUCCCCUCUGCUGAAGCCGAGAUACUGGCCAGCAAGUACAUGUUGACAGUGUUGAUAGCCGCCUGGAGAACUCCCGACAACACAUUUCAAUGA